AAGGAAACGCUUAACGGAGAAGAGCACAAACAGGGUUACCAUGUAACAGAGCGCCAUCGCGCACUCUCGCGGCGAUGUCACCAGGCACUGGCGGAUCUGCAAAAGCGAAGAACAUCGAGGUUUUCGUCCGGGUCCGGCCGCCGUCCAAAGCUGAGGAUGGGAGGAGGGAUAAGAUUGUCGCUGAGGUCGUGGAGGAUAGACAGAUCAGAGUAGGAUCGAAUGAAACGUUUUGUACUUGGUGUCUCAUACUCCUACUCAACAUAGGUUGUGGAUCAAGGCUAUGGCAACACGACGACAAUAAGAACCUUCCAGGCAAGAACUAUUCUCGUUGUUUUGUGCCCCGCCUCAAGAAUCCUCUUUGUCUAUUAGUUCGAUGGCUGCCUUGGGCCCGAGGUGUUGCAAGACCAAGUUAUGGAGCGUUGUGGACUGCAAAGAAUGCUCGAGUCCGUCAUGGAAGGCUACACGUCCACUGUCAUGGCUUGCGGCCAAACCGGAUCCGGCAAGACGUACACAAUGUGCGGUCGACAAGAGGUCAGGAAACCACCACCUUGACAUUGAGUUUGAUCACUUUGCAGCGAGAAGUAGGCUGCGAUGAUGGCUUGAUUGCCCGAUCAGUCAAGUAUCUCUUCAGUGCGAUCAAGCUGGAGGCCGACCGGGAUGCUUCCAAGUCGUAUACGAUGCGCGCUUCUUACUACGAGAUUUACAACGAGCAGGUGAAUGAUCUGCUUCGACUUGAAUCAGCACCGCGAGAGAUCAAGUGGAACGUAAAAAGUGGAUACUACGUAGAGAGCUUGCUGCUUGUCGAGUGUGAAUCCGUGGACGACGUGUUUUCGGUGCUUAACGAAGGAGCCAAGAACCGAAAGAUGGGAACGCACAAUCUAAACAAGGACAGCAGCAGAAGUCACUGUAUCAUGACGCUUCAUGUCGAUUCUCUGUGCCAUAUGGACGAUGGCCCGCCUGUUACGAAACUGGGGAGGAUAUUGUUUGUGGAUUUGGCCGGGAACGAACGCCUGAAAAAGAGCAAGAGCUCUGGAGAGAUGCUCAAGGAAACCGGGAGCAUAAACAGGUCUCUUUUCACUCUGGGGAAGGUGAUUUCUUGCUUGGCGGAGGGUAAGAAAGGCGAUGUCGUUCCUUACAGGGAGAGCAUGCUGACCAAGCUGCUCAUGGAGAGCUUGGGAGGCAACAGCUUAGCUCUCAUGAUCGCUUGCAUCUCUCCGGCAGUGACUGCGGUCGACGAGACGCUAAGCACGCUACAUUACGCAACGUGCACGAAGAAGAUCAUCAACAUACCCACUGUGAAUAUGGACGAGAAAGACAAGGUGAUAUUGCAACUUCAAAAGGAUAUAUCCAGCCUCAAGCAAGAGAACAAGCUCCUGCGGACAAUUUUGGGUGUUUCCGCCGAGGAGGAGGUGCCCGCGGACGUGCUAGCCUCUCUCAAGUCGGACGAGGCAAUGCUCCUCAACCAAAUGGUGCUAGCCAAGGCCGGGCUGGCGCAUCAAGGCGACCUCCAAAAGAUACGAUUGCCGCCAAUCAAAUCCAUCAACGCGCAGAGUGACAUGCUGCUGCCCACCGACGUCCUCGGCAAAUAAAACAGACUUUCGGCGCCCCAGAAAACAAGUUACUCUCGUCCCGCGCCCAGCACAAGCUGUUGCUGACUUUUUGUAAAUUAAACAUCCCAUACGCAAAACCCAAUGUGACA